AUGAGCCCCGAUGACUGGGUGCCCGUGCGCAGCACCGAGAGGGACAAGGGAUACCCCCUCGCCACGUUGAUGCAGGUGGUCUACGGCGAGGACAUGGGCAUGGGAGACGGGUACAGCAGGUGUUUCUCGAUCAUGUAUCGACUGGCUCUGGAGCAGGGCGCGGUCGACAGUGUAAAAGGCCCUGACGGCACGGAACGAUCGUUUUACAUUCUCUGGAAAUGGUGGGCGACGUGUUCCCGAGUAUGUAUUGUGGACGAAGCAGAAGAAGAAUACGACGAUAAUUACGACGACCUCUUUGGCGACGACGAGUCCCACUUCUACCCACAAAACCUCGUAGAGCGCGAGACGAUCCACCAGGCCGGUGGAAUCCGGUACAAACUCCGCUUCAACUGCGUCUACAACAAGUGCAUGGCAACGUUGUUCAACGCUGAAUUCGAGAACUUCGUAAUACACCGAAGCGGCGACGAGCUGCCAGCUCAAGUACCAUACUCCCCAGAUGGCGAGAGUUAUCUCGCUCACCGGUCAGAGAGUUCCCCGGUCUGGCGCGCAGGGAGACGGGUCCUGGGGAGCAGCGACCUACCCGGGCUGGAUCCUCGCUGUAGCGCCGGCUCCAGUAUAGACUCCUGCCCCUGGCUGGGAGACAUCCGCGGGUUUCCGCUUUACUUGUGGGACGUGAAAGAGCGGAGGACCGUGGAUGUCUUUUCGCUGUGGGACGAAUACGAUUUCGACAUCCCGUACACAGCAAUCAGUCACACCUGGGGCCGGUGGCGGCAGCGCGAUCAGCCUGGGGUUAACAUGAAACCGCACGUGCCGUGGCUGAUCCCGCGGAACUCACUGUUCGAUGUCGAGCGACUACCAGAUAUCCUGGCCCAGAUUCCCACGGAUACACCCUAUAUCUGGUUUGAUCUGGUUUGCAUUCCGCAGGAGGGCUGCGGGGAGGAGCUUGACGAGCAGUUGCGGCAGGCCAUGCGGACGGAGGUUGCGAGCCAGGCAUCCAUCUUCAAGGGCGCCAAACACGCCAUCGCUUGGUGGAAUACCGACUCCGCCCCGGAGUCCUGGGACGGCAUGUGCAGCGCCAUCCAGUGGAUGUCAUCCAUAUAUCUGGACCUCCAGUUCUCGGAUGGGGACGAGUCUCCCAUACGUGUCCCGCCGUGGAAAGCGCACGACCGGCUCCAGGCCACGGGGCUGUUCUCACCGGACAUGGCCACUCUGCCCUGGUUCAGCUCCCUGUGGACGCUGCAGGAAGUGUGCCUGCGCCCUGACAUCUGGAUCUGCAACAAGAACCUCGACCUCCUCACGGUAGGCGACAACGGGGCCCUCGUCGCCUUCAACACUCUCGUCUCCCUUACCGAACGAGUUAAAGACACACUCAAUAGGGAACUUAACGAUCUGACUACCCCAGCAGACCAGCUCCUCGAGCGCUGGAAGCCCCUCGUCCACCCAGGCUUCUACGAAGUAUUCGAUCUCCUCCAUCGCACAGGAAUGGACAAGCUCCACGAGCUCAAGCGCGAGCAGAUCCUCUUCCUAGCGACCAGCCGAUACUGCAGCCACAGCCGUGCGCAGGCGAUCAUGUCCGUCCUCGGCAUGACAGAAUGGUACAACUCCGCCACUGCCAUGCCGGAGCAGCGCCAGCCCAACAAACCGGGUUUCGUCUUCGACCAGUACCCGCUCGUCUUCGUGCAGGAGGUCGCGCGCAAUCUGGGCUCUAGCUUCUUCAUCACCGCCGUUCUGGCGGAUUACCUGCCCGUCGACGAUGUGAAAACUCAGGACGUAGUCCGGGGCACUAUGCUCCCCUUCCGGGCCCGGAUCUCCGAGCCGCGACGCCUGUGUGUGCCGGGCGUAGAGACGGCGGACCAUCCGUCCGUAUCGACGUGGGAGGUCCGCGGCGACGGGGCGGUGUUCCUACCGAAAGUGGAGAUCCUCUUCUCAUCCAAUAGUGACUAUGGCGAUAUCAAGUAUAUGACAUGCUUUGUCGAUUUGAGUAUGCCGGUGCCUGAACAUAUUGUUGAACGGGAGCACUUCCAACCCCAAGAGAGCAUGUAUCAUGGGGAUCUCCGGUACUGGAUUAAACAGCUCAUCCCGGAGAUCUACGGAGUACGUGGGACGUACUAUGCUAUUCAUCUCCGGUACCGACCCGGACAAUGGGAUGGUUUGUUGUUGAAGGCCGCCGGUUGUGGGGACUCUUCGCAGCCGGAGAAGAUGAUCAAAAUCGGGAAUCUCCAUGUGCUGACCUCGGUGGGAGAUGGGGAAUAUCUGCCCAGGCAUAAAUCAGUGGACGUUAACUGGAUUGUUUUGUAG